AUGUUGGUUCAUGAGCAGCUUCGUGAUGGGGAGAAGCCCCACAAGUGCUUGCAGUGUGGGAAGAGCUUUAGGUGGAGCUCCCACCUGAUCAGGCACCAGAGGAUCCACACCACGGAAUGGCCCUACAAGUGUGGGGAGUGUGGGAAGGGCUUCAGCUACAGAUCCAACCUUGUGACCCACCAACGCAUCCACACUGGGGAGAAGCCCUACGAGUGUCCCCAGUGUCAGAAGAGGUUUCAGAGCAGCUCCAGUCUCCUCCAGCACCAGCGGAUUCACACUGAGGAGAGGCCCUUCCUCUGCCCUGAGUGUGGGAAGGGCUUCAAGCACAACUCCGACCUCAUCAAGCACCGGCGCAUCCACACUGGGGAGAGGCCCUACCAGUGCGCCACAUGUGGGAAGAGGUUUCAGACCAGCUCCAAUCUCCUCCAGCACCAGCGGAUUCACACAGAUGAGAGGCCCUUCCACUGCCCUGAGUGCGGAAAGGGCUUCAAGCACAACUUCACCCUCAUCAUCCACCGACGCAUCCACACAGGGGAGAGGCCCUACGAGUGUCCCCAGUGUGGACAGAGCUUUAGCCAGAGCUCAGAGCUGGUGGUCAGUGAGCAGCUUCAUGAUCGGGAGAAUCCCCACAAGUGCUCAGAGUGUGAGAAGAGCUUCAGGCACAGCAGCACCCUGAUCAGCCACAUCACCCAGAUGAUCCACACUGGGGAAUGGCCCUACAAGUGUGGGGAGUGUGGGAAGGGCUUCAGCUGCAGCUCCGCCCUCAUCACCCACCAACGCAUCCACACUGGGGAGAGGCCCUACGAGUGUCCCCAGUGUCAGAAGAGGUUUCAGAGCAACUCCAGUCUCCUCCAGCACCAGCAGAUUCACACAGGGGAGAGGCCCAACGAGUGUAAGGAAUGUGUGAGCUUUAGCCAGAACUCUAACCUGAUCUCCCACCAGAAGAUCCACACCAGGGAACGGCCCUAUGAAUGUGGGGAAUGUGGGAAGAGCUUCAGGCACAAGUCUCUCUUGAGCUGCCACCAAAGGAUCCACACUGGGGAAAGGCCAUGCAAGUGUGGGGAAUGUGGGAUAACCUUUAGUAGGAGGCCCCAACUGAUCAUCCACCAAAUGACCCAUGGGGAGAAGCCCUACAAGUGCCCUGAGUGUCAGAAGAAGUUUCACACCAGUUCUGAUCUCCUCCAGCACCAGCGGAUUCACACAGAUGAGAGGCCCUUCCGCUGCCCUGAGUGCGGGAAGGGCUUCAAGCACAACUUCACCCUCAUCAUCCACCGGCGCAUCCACACUGGGGAGAGGCCCUACGAGUGUCCCCAGUGUGGGAAGAGCUUCACCUGCAGCUCUCACUUGACCAGACACGAACGGAGUCACCAGUAA